CACGAGGCUCCCUCCCUAUUGAGUAUCAUCCCUUUAACGAUGGACUCAGUACUUGGUGACUGCCGCCUCCGACUACCGAGUGACUUGACGAUGCCAGGACAACGUACGUGGCUGCGUUCUCCCGGAGGCUACCACGUCCAGUCGGUAGGUCCGGAAGUCGGGAACUCCACCGCUCCUCCCGGUUCUCGGUCAGGCGUGACCGGCAGCGGAAAGGGGACCUAAAGCGGUGGAAAAGCAGAAUGCCGGGUGGGGGGGUGGAGGUGGGGGGGUACUAGGGAAUGAUUCUGGCGAUUUGGGUGAUUCGAGUUUGGAGUCGGGAGGUCGGGAGGUGCGAGGGGUGCACAACGACCACCGCUCCCCGCGAUUCGUUCUUCCGUCCUGGAGGCGCACCUUUGCUUUCUCGUCGCCAUGGAGGACGUUACGCGAUUCACUGUCGUCGAGGCGACCACGCCCGAGUUGGAGUCCACUUCCUGCAACCCACACGUCACGACACAUCACGAAAUGAUGGUCACGAGAUCUCCACAGUCUCUCUGCUCUCUCGCCUCCCUCCCUCUCUGCCUGCCUCUCUUCCGAUCGACUCACAUCGAGCCCGUCCAGACUCCAGGACAGCGAUCCGAAACUCGCUCGGGCAAGGAAUUCAUCUGACCAAUGCCCCUGCGAGGUCCACAGAAUCACAAUGGAUGAUCCCCAACAUGAUUCUGAACCGGGGCUGUGGCCGACGUCCACAAUUGCUCUCACGUCAUGAUGGUGAAGAAAGAGCUGAGCUUUGCAUUCCACUUGUCCUUGUCGUUUGUUUGGCAAGGCUGCAGUGGAGCAGCAUUAUCUCUCGCACACCCAAAUGACUGGCCAGUGUCGACUGCAUCUGGACUCGCGAGCCACCGUAUUAUCUGGAUUCUGGCUGUAGCAGCUGUAAUUUACUCUUGCCUGACCUGACUCACUCCCUUGUUGCUCUUGCUCGGGCUUCUCUGCCCAGGGCUCGACGAAACCAACGGCAUGGGCACAAUCUGAACCACCUAGAUCUACACUUUUCCGUGCUUGAUUUACUUCCUGUGGUUGCAAACCUGAAUGUGGACCAGCUGCAGGGCGAAAGGAUAAAGGAUUGCUCUCGAAAAGAGAAGUUCUUCCGAUUUUGUAGAUUUCCCUGUACGGCUUGAUGUUUGGGGGCCUGCUUACCAACAUUUGUGCUAUUUUACUUUGGGCCCCCCGUCUACUAACACUUGCUGCAUGUUUGAGUGUCCAAGCUUUCUCUUCUCCUCUCUUUCUUCUCUGUCGGACCCGACAGCACCUCGAACUUUGGCUUUUGGUAAAUGGGCUUUUGGAUAACACGGACAACAACUUCAACCAAUUUUACUGUACUCGACAAAUUGUCAUGCGAUCUCUUCUUCGAUCCAGGAAAGUGUGAGAAAAGAGUCUCGAAUCUUUCGCAUAUGCGCAAGGAAGGUCAUAAAAUAUCCCUCGAGCUCCUUUUCGCCUUUCGUCCGACUUCGAGUAUCAUGAUUUCGUUUCACAUGGUCGAGCCUGAUCUCCAGCCUUGGCUAGCACAGAUCGCCUGGACAAUAAGUAGACUCUCGGGUCACGCACGCAGACAACUUGUGACUCCAAAAGGGCGCAUAUGAUGAUUUGGAGUAUAUGUGUGGACUCAACUGUCCAUGACAGAAGGCCCGGAGGCGGAGAGUGCUGAACUCAUGAAUCUGAAAUGAGUGCUGCACAUCUACGAGCAUUUGUCAAACCAGUCAUCUUCAUCCAGAUCUGAGACCACUGUCUUGCAGGAACGACCGGCAGGGCUGGCAGAGAGAUGGAGGGAUGGAUGGAAUGCAUGAGCUUCAGAAGCCGAGAUUGCCAUGUUCGCUUCGGACGGCGGGAUAGACUUCGAGCUCGAGUCCACGGCUCAGAUUCGCUCUCUGUAGCUACGAAUACAUGUCUGCGUAGCUACGUUGCCAUGACGAGGAGACGAGGACUCGGGGCAGGAGUUUGAAUCACGUGCAAUGAUGCAAUCUCCUCGCACAUGAAGAAAAGCCAUUCAUGAUGCUGACUCGUGCGAAGCAGGAAAGUGGAAAGCGGAGCGAGGGUGGCGAUCUUUCGUUGCAGAAUCCAGAUUUUUUCCAAUUAAUGACGACGGACGAUUUCGGUUACUUUCAAUUCGGACAGAAGGACGAGCUGGAAUCAGCAGCGAAAUCCUGCGGCAUAUGCUUGGCACCGUCGAAUCAGUUCUUCAAAUGGGGUCAAACGCCCCGCCCAUCCCACGCCAUUGUCUUUUAUUGGAUGGAAGUUCAUGGAACCCAGUCAGAAAUAUCGUGCGGCUCGAGUGUCGUCCAGAGCACCUUACGAGACCAGAACCUUCGAUUAUUAACAGGAAAUGCAGCCCCACCGCCUCGUAGGAUGAGAAUAUUCCAGAUCGAAAAGAAUUGCAAGUGCCAUGUACGACGUUGACGCAAGCUUCCGUGAGCGACAGCCAUGUCUCGCUGCUUGCUCGCUUCCUGCUGUACAGCAUGUCCAUGUUGCAGAUCCAGAGAUUUACUGGACCGAGGCAUGCUCGUCUCGCAUGCAAAUAGGAACAUCUGAAACUGGAAUUCGUGAACUUUCUAUUCAUGAACUUUGUUUCACUGAGGCAGCCAAGACUUCAAAUUCAAAUUCGUAUUGUAUUGAUUUUCGUGACCAAUACACAUGAAUUUGAUGUGAUUUGGUAAGGGGAAUCAACAAAUAUAUUUAUAAAGU